AGUUUGUUCGGGACGGGGAAUCCGUGCCGUUAUGUCGAGUGGUCGUAGCUUUGGACAGUUUUUACCACCCGUUAAACCGAAUUUAAACCCAAGUGGAGGAUUUUUGGGUUGUUUUUUUUUUUAGCCGUGUUGAUAAAGGAUCUGUUGAGGGUCGCAUUUUAUUGACGGGAACGUCGCAACUGUGAAGUUAAACGAAGUGGAAGCGUGUGGAAGGAAGAGGAGCCGCUGCAUUCGCCUGUGGAUCCGUGCAGACUCGGUCUGGAUAGCAUUCUCAGGAUCACAGCUGCAGGCCAUUUACCGAUGGGUACGUACUGUGAGGCAACACGCCAAGAGAACUGCAAAUUAUUCCGGAGAGACAGGAACUGUGAGAGAAUGAAGACAAGCUAGAUAUUGUCUCUAUAGAACUGUUGAAGGCUGUAGUUUUGUUGGAAGCAUACACAUACAACUGUUCGAACUUGUAAAUGUGUACCUGGACAAAACACAUAAUCUGAGAAACCUGAAAAGUAUCUUUGGUGGUUGAAGCUCAUCUUCAAGAGGACACCUUGACACAAAGUGAUCAAUAUGAGUGCUGAAGGAUAUCAGUACAGAGCGCUUUAUGACUACAAGAAGGAGAGGGAGGAGGACAUUGAUCUGCAUGUGGGGGACAUACUGUUGGUAAGCAAAGGGGCUCUGGUGGCUCUUGGGUACACGGAUGGGCUGGAACAGAGGCCAGAUGAGAUUGGAUGGCUGCCAGGCUUCAAUGAAACCACUCAGGAAAAGGGGGACUUCCCUGGGACAUAUGUCGAGUACAUCGGAAAGAAAUGGAUCUCUCCCCCCACACCCAAGCCAAGGCCCCUCAGACCCUUACCUGUAGCUCCGGGCUUUUUCAAGGCGGAGACAGACUCUGACUCAGAGCAAGGCUUCUGUCUGCUGGACUUGACGGAGCAGUUUUCCCUUCCAGAGACCGCUCCACCCAUGCUGGCCAGGCUGCUGGAAACUAUUGAGAGGAAAGGUCUGGAUAACCCCACUUUAUAUCGAACAUUUACUGCUGGUGCUGGACUUGAAGUCAGACAGUAUUUUGAUUGUGAUCCUCCCUCAGCAGACCUGGAUCAGUUGGAACUUCCAGUCCUGUGUGAUGGUCUGCGCAGGUACCUGCAGGAUCUUCCACAGCCCAUCAUCCCCACCGCAAUAUAUGCUCAGAUGGUCCUCACUGCCAAAGAGGUGGUGAAUCCUGAGGAAUGUGCCAAGCUGCUACGUCGCAUUGCCAGCACCCCAAGCCUGCCUCCCCAAUACUGGCUAACUCUCCACUGUCUGCUAAGGCAUUUCGCUAGAGUAUGCCAAAACGGCUCCAAGAACCUGCUCUCUGCUAGAGCCCUGGGCGAAAUCUUCAGCCCAGUGUUUUUCAGACAACAAGCCCCCAGUUGUGAACCCAGUCUGGAUGCUCACAUCAAGAUUAUUGAGGUUCUGGUGACCAGUGAAUGGAGUGAAAGUCAGGCUGCUCCAGCUCUACCUCCGAAGCCACCCAAGCCCACAUCUGUGACUAACAAUGGUAUGAACAACAACAUGGCUCUACAAGACGCUGAAUGGUACUGGGGAGACAUCUCAAGGGAGGAGGUAAACGAGAAGCUGAGGGACACGGCGGAUGGUACGUUUUUGGUGCGAGAUGCCUCGACAAAAAUGCACGGAGACUACACUCUGACUCUGAGGAAAGGAGGCAACAACAAGCUCAUUAAGAUAUUCCAUCGGGAUGGGAAGUACGGCUUCUCAGACCCACUGACCUUCAGCUCAGUCGUUGAGCUCAUCAACCACUAUCGCAAUGAGUCACUGGCUCAGUACAACCCCAAGCUGGACGUCAAGCUGCUGUAUCCGGUCUCCAAACACCAGCAGGAUCAGGUGGUGAAAGAAGACAACAUUGAAGCUGUUGGGAGGAAGCUCUGCGAGUACCACCAGCAGUACCAGGAGAAGAACAAAGAGUACGACCGUCUGUAUGAAGAAUACACCAGAACAUCACAAGAAAUCCAAAUGAAAAGGACAGCGAUAGAGGCUUUUAAUGAAACUAUAAAGAUCUUUGAGGAGCAAUGCCAAACACAGGAGCGGUACAGCAAGGAGUAUAUUGAGAAAUUUAGGAGAGAAGGCAACGACAAGGAGAUCCAGAGGAUCAUGGGCAACUAUGAAAAGUUGAAAUCGAGGAUAAGUGAAAUCGUAGACAGCAAGCGCCGACUGGAGGAAGAUCUGAAGAAACAGGCGGCGGACUACAGAGAGAUCGACAAGAGGAUGAACAGCAUCAAGCCCGACCUCAUCCAGCUCCGCAAGACCAGAGACCAGUAUCUCAUGUGGUUGACCCAGAAGGGAGUCAGACAGAAGAAACUCAACGAGUGGCUCGGAAUCAAGAACGAGAACACAGAAGAUCAAUAUUCUAUGGUGGACGAUGAUGAAGACCUUCCUCAUCAUGACGAGCGGUCCUGGAAACUGGGCAACAUCAAUCGACUACAGGCGGAGGCGCUCCUCCAGGGCAAGAGAGACGGAACAUUCCUGGUUCGAGACAGCAGCAAAGCGGGAUGCUACGCCUGCAGUGUUGUCGUGGACGGUGAGGUGAAGCACUGCGUCAUCAACAAGACCCCCUCAGGUUAUGGCUUCGCCGAGCCGUACAACCUGUACAGCUCAUUAAAAGAACUCGUACUUCACUACCAGCACACGUCUUUGGUCCAGCACAAUGACUCUCUGAAUGUGACUCUAGCGUACCCAGUCUAUGCUCAGCAGAGGCGGUGAGGACCCGGAUGUAUCAACAUGGACACAAAGAAAAGGCCUCACGGGAGCUGGAGAGACGUGUCUUCGGACUCCACGAUUUUGAAAAAUAAAUAAAUGAAUAAAUAAAAAAUGCGGCUCUGAUGCCUAAGUCAGACUUGAAAACAGAGGAAAAGACGCAAUAAAGCCUGAAACAUUUCAAUGACUUUGCCUGACCACGAACCUGAGGCGAGUCUGAAUGUAGAUUUAUUUCUCUUUUGCUUUUUGUGGGAGCACAGAACGGAGCGGAAACUGCUGAACUCUCCCCCAGCGGAGGACAUUUGAGGCCUUUUCCCAAUGGUGCUUGUACUUUUUCAAAGCUUUACCAGCCGGGAUGUCUAAUCGCAGCAGAUAAACUCUUCAAAUGGAACUGUACCCACCGGCCACAAUUUUGUUU